UUCCGGAGGAGAUGGAGGUAGGCUCUGUGGUUGCUAAUUUGGCUGCAGAUUUAGGAAUCGAUGUGCAAACGUUAGGAAGACGAAAAAUCAGAUUGGAUAUCCUUGCAAACAAGAAAUACCUGGAUGUGAACAAAGGCACUGGUGAGACCUGUUUAUUUUGGAGCGCAUUGAUAGAGAAUAUCUUUGCAUAUCUAAAACAGUUUGUUAUUUAAAAAUGGAAGUCAUACUUGAGAAUCCAGUUCGUAUAUUUAACAUUGAAUUGGAAAUAAUGGACAUUAACGACAAUGCGCCUUACUUUCGUAGGGAUACAAUUAAUUUGGACAUCUCUGAAUCUACUGCUGUUGGCGAGAGGUUUUCUCUAAGUAAUGCAGUUGACCCUGAUAUUGGUUCAAAUUCCAUUAAAAGUUAUCAUUUGAGUGAGAGUGCAAACUUUGAUAUUGAAAUACAGACAGGGAGGGAUGGUUCAAAAUUUGCUGAUUUAAUAUUGAAAAAAGCUUUAGAUCGCGAAGAACAGGCCAUACAUAAUCUGAUACUCACUGCUGUGGAUGGAGGAGUCCCCGCGCGCUCUGGCACUGCUAGUAUUAUUGUGCGCGUUCUGGACACUAAUGACAACGCCCCUCAAUUCGAUAAAGACAGUUAUACUAUAAAUCUAACAGAAAACGCACCUAUUGGAAGCCUUGUAGUGAAAUUAAACGCGACAGAUAGAGAUGAAGGCUCCAAUUCAGAUAUCACUUAUUCUUUUAGUCUGUAUACAUCUGAGAAAACACAGACAGCAUUUGAAUUAAAGCCUGACAGUGGUGAAAUCAGAGUAAGAGAGAUGAUUAAUUAUGAGGAUUUCAGGAUCUAUGAUAUGGAAAUUAUAGCAACAGAUAAAGGAGCUAAUAGUCUCUCUGGAAAGUGUAAAGUUAAGAUUUUAAUCACAGAUAUGAAUGACAACCAUCCUGAAAUUUCUAUAAAAUCAUUCUCAAGUCCAGUGAAAGAGGAUAUAGCUGUAAAUACUGUAAUUGCAGUUGUUAGUGUGAGUGAUAAAGACUCAGGAGAAAAUGGACAGGUAGAUAUUCAUAUUUCUGAUGAUUUACCUUUUGCACUCAAAGAAUCAUCUGAUAAUUAUUAUGAAUUAUUAGUUUCAGAACCGUUAGACCGUGAAAAGGUUCCAGAAUAUGACAUCACUAUUACCGUGACUGACAGGGGCAUCCCGUCGUUAUCUGAUAAUGAAACUAUAACUUUAGAGCUGCUGGACGUUAACGACAAUGUUCCUCAGUUCCCACAGACAUUCUACACGAUACCUGUUAUGGAGAAUAACGCGCCUGGAGCUUUACUGAGCUCUUUAACUGCUAUAGACCCAGAUCUCCAUGAAAAUCAGUAUUUAGUCUAUUUUAUCAUAGAGAAGGAAAUAGUGAACAUCUCCAUGUCCAUGCUGUUCUCCAUUAACCCAGAGAACGGGAAUCUUUACGCGCUAAAGACGUUUGACUAUGAGAUAGAGAAGGAGUUUCUUUUCCACAUCGAGGCCAGAGACUCUGGCGUUCCUCCGCUCAGCAGUAACGUGACCGUUCACAUUAUUAUCAUGGAUCAGAACGACAACACACCGCUUAUAGUGUCUCCAUGGCGCGCGCACGGCUCGGUGGUGGAGGAAAAGAUCCCGAGAUCCACCGAUAAAGGGACUCUGAUAUCCAAAGUCAUCGCCAUAGACUCUGAUUCAGUGCACAACUCUCGAAUCACGUACCAGUUUCUCCACAACACUGACGCGACAUUAUUCAGCUUGGAUCAAUAUAACGGAGAGAUCCGGACCAUGAGAAUGUUCAGUUACAGAGACUCGCCACCAGCAGCUGGUUGUGAUCGCCAAAGACAACGGAGAGCCCGCGCUCUCUGCUACAGUCACCAUCAAACUGUCCACGGUGGAGACCGCCCUUAAAACCUAUGCUGACAUGACUG